UCCAACAAAAGUCACAACCAUGAUGUCUAGGUAUUGUAGCCCCUUGCUUCGGAGGAUCUCCUCGCAGCAGCUGGUCCGAUCCCAGUCUACUGUUCCCAGCCAAGCAGCUGUGAGCAAACUUACAUCAGACCAGGUCUUCGAGAGGGAGUCUCGGUAUGGAGCUCACAACUACCACCCGCUCCCUGUGGCACUUGCAAAGGCUAAAGGUGUGCAUGUGUGGGAUGUAGAAGGGAAGCGGUACUUGGACUUCCUGAGUGCAUACAGUGCAGUGAACCAAGGUCACAACCACCCCAAGAUAGUCAAGGCCAUGCAGGAUCAGUGUGAAGUCCUCUCCCUGACAUCCAGGGCAUUCUACAAUGAUGUCCUGGGAGAGUAUGAAGAAUACAUCACCAAAAUGUUUGGAUAUGACAAAGUACUUCCCAUGAAUACAGGUGUGGAAGGGGGCGAAACAGCCUGCAAGCUGGCCCGCAAGUGGGGCUACAAAGUGAAGGGUGUCCCCAAUAACCAGGCUCGUGUCGUUUUCGCAGAGGGUAACUUUUGGGGUCGAACAAUGGCUGCUGUCUCAAGUUCUACAGAUCCAGAUUGCUACGAGGGCUUUGGACCCUACAUGCCUGGCUUCGACAUUGUUCCCUAUAAUGAUUUGGGAGCUUUAGAUAAAGCGACUCAGGAUCCGACUGUCGUAGCAUACAUGGUAGAACCAAUCCAAGGUGAAGCCGGAGUCAGGGUCCCAGAUGCAGGCUAUCUUCAAGGUGUCAGAGAUAUCUGCACAAAGAAUAAUGUUCUGUUCAUUGCUGAUGAAGUACAGACAGGGCUAGCCAGAACAGGGAAGCGUCUGUGUAUUGACCAUGACAAUGUUCGUCCAGAUAUUGUCAUCCUCGGCAAGGCUCUAUCCGGAGGCAUGUAUCCUGUAUCUGCUAUUCUUGCUGACGAUGAGAUUAUGUUGACCAUUAGACCAGGUGAACAUGGGUCUACAUAUGGAGGUAACCCGCUGGCAUGUAAGAUCGCUAUGGCUGCUCUUGAGGUUCUUGAGGAGGAGAAACUGGCAGAAAAUGCAGAGCGUCUUGGGAAGAUUGUACGAUCUGAACUGAGCCAACUAGAUGAUAACAUUGUGACAACAGUGAGAGGCAAGGGUCUGCUCAAUGCUGUUAUUAUCAAGGAAACACCACAAUAUGAUGCAUGGCAGGUCUGUCUGCGUCUCCGUGACAACGGUCUCCUGGCCAAGCCCACUCAUGGUGACAUCAUCAGACUGGCUCCACCCCUUACUCUGACUGAUGCUGAGCUCGAAGAAAGCCUUGGCAUCAUCAAGAACACCAUCCUUUCUUUCCUGUAAAUGGCUUUUUUGUAACUGUCAGGCUAGGUUUCACAAUACCUUAGUAAGUUAAAAUUCAAUUCCAUUGUUCAUAGAGUUAAAUGGAAUGUCCAACCAUGUUUAUACAUGUACAACUUUCCAAGACUUGCAUAUAAACAUAAUGCGGAGGUUUAGUUGGAUAAGAGAUUCACAAGACCUCGUGUGGUGACGGAAAGAAAUAUUAUCCCCUUGGAUGUUCAUCAUUAAAAGUCAUUAUUCGUAAAAUUGUUAUAGCAACUAUUUCAAUGCCUUUAAAUCGAUGCUAUCACCCUAAUAUCAAUUUUCUGAUAUAUUUCAUUGUUCUACAAGGUUAUACUAACAGAUCUGGUGUUGAAUUGAUUAUAAAUGUUUAUUUUAGGAUUGAAGAAACUCCCAGGAUUUUGUCAUUGGAAGAAUUGUGGUGGAUCAUAUGCCAAGUGGUAUUUAGACCAGAAGAAAAACCUACAUUUUUUCUUGUACAUUUUAAGUACCUCCCUGAUGUUCGGGAGCAAGGAUAUUUUAUAAUCCAAAUCAUUGGAAAACAAUUCGUUUGAAAGACUUGUAAAUUCUCUUUUAAAAAUCAACUAAUCGAAUUUCAAUGUGAAAAAGCCUUGUAUGACAAGGUAUGUUUUAUUCACUGUUUUUUUUUGUGUGUGUGUGGAUCAAAAUCAUGUGGAUUCUUUCUUGGGACAGUAAAAUGAAUCAGAGUAUAGUGAGCUUUACAUGAGGAAGGCCCCGGAUUGAUGGUACUAUCUGUAUUUCAUUUUCAUUGACGUCUAUACUCUUGUUUAUAUUGUUGUUGUUGUUGGAUGUUUAUUAUUCAAGAAUCGGCUAUGGUAAUUUGAUACAUACAACCCGGCAGAAAGCAAAAUGACAUUUAAUCAUAUUGACCUGAAUUUAUAGUCCAGUUUACUUAAGGCCAUGGUCUAACCCUGUACUGGAGAGAAUUUGGAAGCAAAAAAUGUCAAAAUUUGGUUUACAGGGUAUGUUUCUCAUCUUUACUGUGCUCUCAUGCUUUAAUGGAGAAACUAUUUUAGCUAUUUACCAGACAUUUUUGAAUAAUUUCAGUGUCAUAUUAAGCUGAUAAAUUUAACCUGUGAAAGAGAUUUGCGUCACAGUUGGCUAUUCAUAGUUAAGCCACAUAUUCGGACCGGGGGAGCGUUUCAUCAGCAGUUUUGUCCGACAAGUCGUCAGAUCUGACAUCUUUCCUUAAUUUUUGAUUGGCUGAGAGUCACUGUUUCUUUGGUAACUGUCGGACAAAAGGGAACUUGUCGGAUAAAACGUCUGACAAGUCCUUUCAAGAAACGCUCCCCAGAUGACAUUAAAGUCAAACCCAAUAUCAAAAUAUGGGUCAUGAACUUAAAUGUUUGAGAUCAUUAAAUAGAUUUUUCAAGGCAGUCACAUUCCACACCUCAAUACUAGCAAUAAAAGGAUAAAUACAAUUUAUUUUUGAUAGUCAAAGUUACAUUAUGUAGUAAGACAAACAGGAGUUAACAUUGCUCUGUAAAACAGCAGUACACACUUAAGGGUCAAGUGAAGGUGUUAUUUUUUUUUUUUUCAAAAAGUAAUCUUGACUUGAAAAAAAAAUACAUGGUUAUGAGUGAGCAUGACUCCUUGUGGCCCAACUUGGAAAAGUCCUCUCUCUCAUUCUCUUUCUCCCCUUUCUACGCUCUGUCUCCCCCUCCUUCUAUCUCUCUCUAUUUCUCUCUUCAUAUCGAAAGAGAGAGAACAAAGCCUGUCAGCUGAUCUAAAUAUUAUCUAGCGCAUACUGUCACAGUGUAUAGCAACAUUUGCAACUAUGUGGCAAUAUUUCUAAUGUUAAAUGUUUAUUAUCUAUUAUUCAUACAUUUAUCAUGUUUUUGUAUGAUAAUUCUCUUAAUGUCUUGUAUUAUAGUGUAAGGAUUCUACAUCUAUUUUUACAACAUAUUUCUUUAACUAGCAUUCUUACGAUUUUUAUUGUCAAUGUUGUCUUAAGAGGCAUCUAUGGCUACGAGAGUAAUGA